CUGAACUCGCGAGGGGGGCGGCAGGCGGCGAGCACUGCACUCGCAGCGGGGACGCGGUUUGAAAUCCGAUCCUGGUUAAUUUUUUUCCCUCUCUCCGGAGCCCGUUGCUCCAAACUGUUAGUGGGAGUCUGUGAGCCAAGCUUUCACACACAGCACCCGCACUCCACAAGCAACCCAGCGGCGCAGCGGAGCAGUUGUGCCCGGACAGCGCAGCACAGAAGAGGGCAGCUGCUUCUUAUAGAGUCCCUCUUACGACCCAAAACUACGAUACGCUGCCGCAUCAUUAUUUGAUACACUUUAGUGUGAUUUUUAAGCGAUUGAGGACUGGACAGAGUUGGUCAGCUCACGGCUGUGUGGUGAAUACCGCUUUCUUCUGAAACAGUCUGUCAGGUCAAGCUUUCCUUGACGAAGCCCGACGUUUGGAUUUGGAAACUUUAAGCGUCUGGAGGAUUUCAACGUAAAUUACGGAACAUCUGGAGGGACCUCGCAGACCAAUCUUUCUCAAAGAGUCAAUCACAAUAUUUUAUUGUCAUCUCGAAAGGGAUUACUGUGAAGAAAUAAAUAUUUGGUGGGGGACCAGACAGUGUUUUGGACAGGACUUGUGUUUUUGUGUGCGUGUGGCUGCGCUACAUUGACAGCAUGUGUGCAACGGUGGAAGAUGUCUGAAUCUGGUCAGUGUGGUGAGGACACUAGUCCCCGCGUCGCUCCGCACGGGAUGGUGCAGCUCUCGCUCCUCUUGUACCUUACGGCCCUCAUCCUUUCUCCAGUGUACAGCGCCCGUCUGCUGCCUCCAGAGCCCACAGCAGUGACGGCUAUACGGCACACUUCAUCAACAUUCAUCAUCAUUAAAAAAGACUGGGUAUCUAGUGAGGUGGAGGUGUUUCUGGAGGACUACGUGGCAGGAGUCGGGGACACCGUGGAUCUCGCUUGCUCCCCGCACGACUUCCUAAUCCCCAUCGUGUGGCAGAAAGACGGGGACGCCGUGUCUCCUAGCAACCGUACCCGGGUGGGGCAGAAAGUGCUUCGCAUCAUCAAUGUCUCCUAUGAAGACUCGGGCAUAUACUCCUGUAGACACGCCCACAGCAGUAUGCUGCUAAGCAACUACACUGUCAGAAUCACCGAUUCCCUGUCCUCGGGUGAUGAUGAGGACUAUGAUGAAGAUUCGGACGAUGCAGGUAAUGGAAAUGAAGCGCCGUUCUGGAACCGGCCCGACCGAAUGGAGAAGAAGCUAUUGGCCGUCCCUGCCGCCAAUACGGUGAAGUUCCGCUGUCCCGCUGGUGGCAACCCCACACCCACCAUUCACUGGCUGAAAAAUGGGAAGGAAUUCAAGGGAGAGCAGAGAAUGGGCGGCAUUAAAUUGCGGCACCAGCAGUGGAGUUUGGUAAUGGAGAGUGCCGUUCCAUCCGACCGAGGCAACUACACGUGUGUGGUACAGAACAAAUACGGGACUAUCAGACACACUUACCAACUCGAUGUGCUCGAGCGCUCGCCUCACCGGCCCAUCCUACAGGCUGGACUCCCGGCCAAUCAGACGGUGGUGGUGGGCAGUGAUGUUGAGUUUCAUUGUAAGGUGUACAGUGAUGCUCAGCCACACAUCCAGUGGCUCAAACACAUCGAGGUGAAUGGAAGCCAGUAUGGGCCCAAUGACACCCCAUACGUCCACAUCCUCAAGAGUUUUGUCAGUAAGGUUAAAGAGGCCUUCGAUACUCUGACUCUGUGUAAUGUGUCAGAGAAAGACGCAGGCCAGUACUGGUGCAGAGCCCGCAACUUUUUAGGCAUGUCAGAGAAUGUGUUCUGGCUCACAGUGUCCCAGCCAGCGGUGGAGAUGGAGAGAGAAGACGAUUACGCUGACAUCCUCAUCUACGUGACAGGCUGCGUGCUCUUCAUCCUCACCAUGGUCAUCAUCAUCCUGUGUCGCAUGCGAAUGAACACGCAGAAGACCCUCCCCGCCCCACCUGUGCAAAAACUGUCCAAAUUCCCUCUCAAGAGACAGCAGGUAUCCUUAGAAUCGAACUCUUCCAUGAAUUCAAACACCCCCUUGGUUAGGAUUGCACGCCUGUCAUCCAGCGAUGGACCGAUGCUGCCCAACGUCUCUGAGCUCGAACUGCCCUCAGACCCUAAAUGGGAGUUUCCCCGUACAAAACUGACGCUGGGUAAGCCGCUGGGAGAGGGCUGCUUUGGUCAGGUGGUGAUGGCUGAAGCUAUGGGGAUUGAUAAGGAGAAACCCAACAAACCUCUCACUGUUGCUGUAAAGAUGCUCAAAGAUGACGGCACAGAUAAGGAUUUGUCAGAUCUUGUGUCUGAGAUGGAGAUGAUGAAGAUGAUUGGAAAACACAAGAACAUCAUCAAUCUGCUGGGAGCAUGCACACAAGAUGGUCCUCUGUACGUGCUGGUGGAAUAUGCUUCCAAAGGGAAUCUUAGGGAGUAUCUGCGUGCCAGAAGACCUCCUGGAAUGGACUACUCAUUUGACACCUGUAAGAUCCCAAACGAAACGCUGACUUUUAAAGAACUGGUGUCCUGUGCCUAUCAAGUCGCCAGGGGUAUGGAGUACCUUGCCUCAAAGAAGUGUAUCCAUAGAGACCUUGCGGCUCGGAAUGUUCUGGUUACCGAGGACAACGUGAUGAAGAUCGCAGACUUCGGCCUGGCUAGAGACGUGCACAAUAUUGACUACUACAAGAAGACCACCAACGGUCGUCUGCCCGUCAAAUGGAUGGCACCAGAAGCACUGUUCGACCGCAUCUACACGCACCAGAGCGACGUGUGGUCUUACGGGGUGUUGUUGUGGGAGAUUUUCACGCUGGGCGGCUCACCGUACCCGGGCAUCCCAGUGGAGGAGCUGUUUAAACUGCUGAAGGAGGGCCAUCGGAUGGAUAAACCCGCCAACUGCACGCAUGAACUGUACAUGAUAAUGCGAGAGUGUUGGCACGCUGUUCCUUCUCAAAGACCCACCUUCAGACAGCUGGUGGAGGAUCAUGACAGAGUUCUCUCCAUGACUUCAACCGAUGAGUAUUUGGACCUGUCAGUGCCGUUCGAGCAGUAUUCACCUACCUGUCCAGACUCCAACAGCACUUGUUCAUCCGGUGAUGACUCUGUGUUUGCUCACGAUUCUUUACCGGAUGAGCCCUGCCUCCCCAAACAUCACCACAGCAAUGGGGUCAUACGAACAUAAGCACUCCAAUAAAGAGUUCCGGUUUAGUGCCGUGAGGGUUCUGCUCUGAGACCUUCGGUGGACUGGAGAAGCGUAGCACACGAGACUCUCGGAAAUCAUGAUGAAGCAGCUUCAGACUUUCAGCUGUUUGUGUUCCACAGCUCCACAUUUUCUUCCAAAUCAUUAUUCAGCUUUUUGAAAAGAGAAUAUUCCUAUUUUUGUAUUCGGCCAGUUUUGUUUUCCUUUACGCUACACAGUCAAGAAGGGUGAAACCAUUCCGUGCCUACCAAAAAGCAAACAGACGUUGAAGAGGAAAAAUGAAUAAACACUGUUUGCUGCGUAACAGUGACAGUAUCAUCCUGACACACAAGUGAAUUCUCUCUGUGCUUAAAGAGAGGACGCCAACAGGACGUUUUUUCACAGCAAUAUCUGACUGGAGUGAAAACUAAACCCAUGGCCAGUUUCUCCUCUCCGCUCCAUUGUUUUCUCACGAGGAACUUCUAUCAUCCCUCUCUAGAUGAGAAACGAGAGUGAAUUGUCUCCUAGAUGUGAGAUUGAAUUAGAAUAUAACUGUGUGCUUCGUAUGUAUCUAAAAAAAGUUUUUAUUGUAAAUAUAUAGAUUUAAAUAUGUAUCAUAUUGCAGUCAGUAGCUGUAUGUUAAGAAAAAUCAUGAAAUAAUAACAUUUUAAGAACAAUGCAUUGCUAGCGAGCGUACACUGUUGAGAUCAUGUAAACAUUUAAUCUAAAAAACAAAACAAAAGUUUUAUUUGAAUUAACAUGUAUAUUUGUAAAGCUAUUUAUAGACAUAAGGUUUUUAAAGGGGUUGAGGUCUAAAAUUAUAGUCUGGGUUUUGGUACUGUAAACUAAAAAGUUGUUUUUUUCUUGAGAUUUCAAUUUUUUUAAGUUAUUGACAACAAAAGUACAAGAUUAUUUUAUUUUUGCUUUUCUUCCAUCUCUUAGUUUACGGGGACGAAAAUGUACGAAAAUCGGCAAUAUCAGGACAGCGUAACGCUGAAACGUUAAAAAAAUGAAAUAAGGUUGCCAAAUGUUGCUUUGCCCAUUAUCUCAGUAUUGAAUUUUAUUGUAAAGGACCACAAGUGCUUUUUCUCGUGAGGAGGAGAGUGUGCCGGUGUUUUAAGACUCACACUUACAGCACUUUUCAUAACUACACAUUUUUGUAUAUUGUUAAAUUGUCAUUUCGCCAUAUUUUGGCUUCCAUGCAUGCAAUUUCUAUACACACACAUAAAUAUAUAUGUAGACCGUUUCCCAUAGUAUUAGAAAAGUGGUGAUCCUCGGCGAGGGCAGGCACUGUGGUCCUUUCUUCCCACCGUAUUAUAUGAAGGAACUAAAUGGUGAAACCAUAUUAAGAACGUUUGUUUUAAGAAUGCUCUUAUUUGCUCUUUUACUUAAACUAAAAAGUGUUUCUGAGGUAAUCCUCUGAGUCGGUAUGUUCGCAAAGUGCCAAAAUCUUCAACUUCCUCUCUGCUUUGAGUCCUAUGUUAAUGAGUACAGAACCUUUAUUGCUAUUCAAUUCUAGCAUGCACGGCUGUCAGAUGACUGUCUCUGGCCCCGCAAAUCUAAGCGAAGCAUUCUGGGAUAGCUUGGUCGUGUCUCAGGGUGUCCUCAGACAAUUGCAAUCAAGCAGAAAGCUGGCAAUAAUAUAUAAUGGGAGAGAAAAGGAGAUUGGGAUGAUUCGCUUGCUGCUAAAAUACGAAACUGUAGAUUUGAUACGAGAUGGCUGUGAGAGUGUGACGUGAGUGUUUCCCUCCUCCAGCAAACCAUUUAAUUUUUGUACUUGUUAAUAAGUGCCUGAGAGGGAGUUAAGCGGCUGAAUAUUGUGACGUAUGGUCUGAAUAUACAGCCACGUUGAGUAUAAGCAGGGUGUUCCUUAAAAAUAUUUCUAAGGCACUUCGUUACCUUAAUUCUCCGAAUGGAUUUUCAUAAAUGUGGAUGAAAUCAUUCUGUCAUUUCUUUUUCCGGCUGAGGGACAUCAUGUUCUGUAAGGGGCCGUUCACACAGGGCGGGUUCUUGCGUUUAGGAACAAAACAGAAUUUGAUGCAUUGCACAUGCACUUGUACCACAAGCUGCUGAGACAAAGACAUCCGUCUAGUGUGCAUUUACAUAGAAACACAACUGCGCAAGUGGACGCAAGACGACGCCAUGUGUGAACAAGCCCUAAAGGUACGGUGUUUUGAUGUUUGUCCGUUAUGGAGUCUGUUUACCGUUUGUUGUUGGAUGGCAGACUUUGGGAUCUAUUUGUACAACCUGUAACCUCUGGCUCACCUCUUGAUGCUCUUUGCAUCCUCUGCUCUACUACUGACGGCCCUUUCGCAUUGUUUCAAACAUAGCAAACAAUGUUGCUGGUCCUUACCCCUCCUUAUAAAAAAACAUCAGUAUUUAUUUCCUCGUAUUUAUGUUUUAUUUUGAUUUUUUUGCUUAUCCUUUCCUUUUUGUUUUAUGACCUUCAUGUUAUUCAAAAGGACAGCAUUCCUUAAUGCUUUGUAUUAUAGAAUGGAGGUAGAGCCAAGAUGCGUUCAGCGGUUGAAGAAGGUUUUCUUUAAUGUUUACAUGAACUUCCGAACAGAUUUAUGUUACUUUCCAGCACUUUUGAAGUGGUUGGAUGAUUAGCAAUACUAGUCUGAUGUCGCCUCUUUAUUUGACACACAUGCAUCCUCUCUUAAGCUCUAUUUGAUAGUGCCAUUCAGCUCUUAUUAGAAUUAAGAUAUUAAAUUAAGUUAUAGAUUUAAAUUUGCAAAUGAUCGUUAUAUGUCCAGUAGAUUUUAUCUAGGUGUGUUUUUUCGUUUCAAAGCUUCAGUAUUUUCUUAUGAACGAAUCGCAUUGCAUUCCAGGUACUUCUUUCUUAAUGCAGUGAGGUCAUUUAUCAUUCAGCCUUCAUCUGCAUCCCUCUCGGUUUAACAAGCCAAUGGAAUAGUUGACUAACAGUGUUGUUGUGUUUUGUUUUUCAUUAUUCUUUUCAUAUCGCUGUAUCUCUGGAACAUUCCCUUCUAUUUCAGUUGUGCCCCUUACGAGCUGUUAAACCUCUUUACACUCUUAUCAGUCUGUGCCUGACGGAUUUAUGCUGUCAAUCAAAAUGUUUUCAAUAAACACAACAAAAUGAGCA